AUGACUGAUGUUGUUAGGACAACGAUUCUAUCGAAGUGCUGGAAAAACCUUUGGACCGCCGCACACUACCUUAAUUUCGACAACUAUGAUAUGAUGUUUAUUCAUUCUACACAGCUUGAAAACUUCGUUAAUCGGGUCUUAUUGCGCUGGAAUGGGGUAAGGGUUCUGAAAUUCAAGGUUGAAUCGUAUUUUGAGUUUCAUGAUUCAGUUUAUGCGGAUGCUAAAUUGUGGGUGCAUUUUGCCAAGCAUAAUCUAGCCGAGGAAUUAUACUUACAUAUGGGGUUAUACAUUGAGGAUGAUUUUAUGUGUCGUCAUGGCUGGGUGUCACCGCAAUGUCUGUAUUCAUGCUCAUCGCUUAAAGUGUUAUCGGUGGAGAAUUGUUACUUUAGUAUUAAUGGGAAUGUGCAGUGGAAUCAACUCAAGAGUUUAACAAUUACUGAAGGCAUUGGGCUCACUGAAGAUGCGAUUAAUCGAAUAUUGUGUGGUAGCCCUCAGUUGGAGGUGCUUGGAGCUAUGAUAGAGGGAUGCAUGAAUUCAUCUUCUCCUAACGGCAAGCUCUUACAGUUCAGAUUUUAUUGCAAUAAAGUUGUAGUUACAAUUGAGAUUUUCCCUCUAUCAAAGAAGUUAGUCAUUAAAGUUGAAAGGCGCAGAUACGAAGAUUCAAUCUGGGCUGAGCCUAACAUCUACCGUGAGUUUGAAGAAAAUCUUCCUAUGGCGUUUGUGCUGCAGUUGAUGACAGUUGAGUAUAUUUUGGUGGAGGGUGAUAUCAUAUUUCCAUGUCUCGAGUUUCUGUUGAAAAAUGCAAGUAGUCUAGAAAAGAUUGUGUUCCGAGUAAAACGAUCCGUGCAACAUUCACAGAGUUUAGAGUCUUUGUUUCAUGCAUCGCGGGAGCUGCUAAAAAUGCCAAGAUCGUCGCGAACUGCAGAAUUCAGUUUCAAUGAAUAUUGA